AUGUACUGGCCUGGAGAUGCAAUUGUCAACAACCAAGUAACACAAACAACUGUUUAUUCCUGUCACCGUAGUGAAGCAGCCACACAAUCUACCACUUCCUAUAGAAUAUCCAAUCUACUGAAACUCAUUCCAACAUGUCUCAACCAAGUGAUAUCCAAUCUGACGGGAUCAGUGAACAGUGUUGUGGAUUUGCACUGA